GCCAGCGCCUACCCAGGUGCGCGCCGGCGGCGGCACAGAGCGAGCGAACGAGCGGGCGGGCGGCGGCGCGGCUCUGCGCUCCUCCCUUCGGUCCCUCCGCCUUCUCUCUGCCGCGGAUGUCGGCGCCGCCGCUGCGUGCGGGAGAGGAGCGGCCGCGCGGACAGCGCCCCCCCGGGCGCCGGCACGGAUUUGUAGAAGAUCCUGGAACACAGAGGAGCAGCUGAGAGCCUUCAGACCAUUUAUUGUCUUCUCUUACAAAAUCAACUUUCAUCUUCUGGAUGUCCAAGCCUUUCACACCAAAUUUUAAGCUUUACAUUUCCUGCCUGACAACAAAUUACGCUCUCGGUCUGUUGUUAUUUUAAGGGGCUGGGGAGCUGAAUUCACUAGCUGACCAGCAUGGCUAAGAUUAGAUUAGUUUUAACUGUUUGCCAGGUGGUGCUAGAAUUGCUAACGAAUUCAUUAACUGAGUCUUCCGUACAGAGUAAUGAAUGUCCCCAGCUCUGUGUGUGCGAAAUCAGGCCAUGGUUUACACCACAGUCAACAUACAGGGAAGCCACAACAGUUGACUGCAAUGACCUUCGUUUAACAAAAAUCCCCAGCAAUCUUUCCAGUGACACUCAAGUCCUUCUGUUACAAAGCAACAAUAUUGCAAAGACCACAGAUGAACUCCAACUGCUAUUUAAUUUAACAGAGUUAGAUUUUUCACAAAAUAACUUCACAAGCAUCAAAGACGUGGGGCUCUCAAAUCUUACUCAGCUGACUACUUUGCACCUGGAGGAGAACCAGAUCAUGGAGAUGACUGACUACUGCUUGCAAGACCUUUGCAAUCUUCAGGAGUUAUAUAUAAAUCAUAAUCAGAUCAGCAGCAUUUCUGCAAAUGCAUUCUCUGGCCUGAAGAAUCUUUUAAGAUUACAUCUCAACUCCAACAAAUUGAAGGUUAUUGACAGCCGUUGGUUUGAUUCUACUCCUAACUUAGAGAUUCUUAUGAUUGGAGAAAAUCCGGUGAUUGGAAUACUAGAUAUGAACUUCAAACCUCUCUCCAAUUUAAGGAGUCUUGUUUUGGCAGGUAUGUAUCUCACAGACAUCCCUGGCAAUGCCUUGGUAGGCUUGGACAGUCUUGAAAGUCUUUCCUUCUAUGACAACAAGUUGGUAAAAGUUCCUCAGCUUGCACUUGAAAAAGUUCCAAAUCUAAAAUUCCUGGAUCUCAACAAAAAUCCAAUUCAUAAAAUUCAAGAAGGUGAUUUUAGAAACAUGCUUAGAUUGAAAGAGCUUGGAAUCAAUAACAUGGGGGAGCUUGUUUCUAUGGAUAGGUACGCGCUGGACAACCUGCCUGAACUUACAAAGCUGGAAGCCACCAACAACCCAAAGCUGUCUUACAUCCAUCGUUUGGCCUUUCGUAACGUCCCUGCCCUGGAGAGUUUGAUGCUGAACAACAACGCCUUGAACGCCGUCUACCAAAAAACAGUGGAGUCCCUCCCAAACCUGCGUGAGAUCAGCAUCCACAGCAACCCCCUGCGGUGCGACUGCGUCAUUCACUGGAUCAACUCAAACAAAACCAACAUCCGCUUCAUGGAACCUCUCUCCAUGUUCUGCGCCAUGCCUCCAGAGUACAGAGGACAACAGGUAAAAGAAGUGCUAACACAGGAUUCAAACGAGCAGUGUCUUCCAAUGAUCUCUCACGAGACCUUUCCAAAUCACUUGAACUUGGACAUUGGCAUGACGGUGUUCUUAGACUGUAGGGCCAUGGCAGAACCCGAGCCAGAAAUUUACUGGGUCACUCCCCUCGGAAAUAAAGUCACUGUUGAAAGCCUCUCUGACAAAUACAAGCUGAGCAGCGAAGGCACCUUGGAAAUCUCCAACAUCCAGAUUGAAGACUCCGGGAGGUACACCUGCGUUGCUCAGAACGUAGAGGGAGCUGACACCAGGGUCGCCACAAUCCGGGUGAACGGAACGCUUCUGGAUGGCACCCAGGUCCUGAAAAUCUUUGUGAAGCAAGCUGAAUCACAUUCCAUUUUAGUUUCUUGGAAAGUUAACUCCAAUGUCAUGACUUCCAAUUUAAAGUGGUCGUCGGCUACUAUGAAGAUUGACAACCCUCACAUUACAUACACCGCUCGGGUCCCAGUUGAUGUACACGAAUACAACCUCACGCAUUUACAACCUUCUACAGAUUAUGAAGUGUGUCUCACUGUGUCCAACAUCCACCAACAAACACAAAAGUCCUGUGUUAACGUUACAACAAAAAAUGCAGCUUUUGCGCUUGAUAUUUCAGACCAGGAAACCAGCACUGCUCUGGCAGCGGUCAUGGGAUCCAUGUUUGCUGUAAUUAGCCUUGCCUCCAUUUCUGUUUACAUUGCAAAAAGAUUUAAGAGGAAAAACUACCACCAUUCGUUGAAAAAAUAUAUGCAAAAGACCUCCUCAAUCCCCCUGAAUGAGCUCUAUCCUCCACUUAUUAAUCUCUGGGAAGGCGACAGCGAUAAGGACAAGGAUGGUUCUGCAGAGACCAAGCCGACCCAAGUCGACACAUCCAGAAGCUAUUACAUGUGGUAACUCAGAGGAUAUUUUGCUUCUGGUAGUAAGGAGCACAAAGACUUUUUUGCUUUAUUCUGCAAAAAUGAGAAGUUGAAGACUUUUGUAUUUUUGACUUUGCUAGUUUGUGGCAGAGUGGUGAGGACAGGUGGAUAUUUCAGAAUUUUUUAGUAUAGCGUAUCGCAAUUGUUUGACACAAAUGGCAGCUUCACCUAGCUUCCAGAUUUCUUUUUUUUUUUUUUUUUCCUUUUUUUUUCUUUUUUUAGUUAUUGUGCUAAACUUAAUGCUGUUCUAACUGCAGUGCUGAAUGAAAUUAAUGAGAGGCUGGGGUUACCUGUGAUUCAAAAGUAGCACAACCCCAUUCUUCUGAAGCCAUCAGUAGAGUACAGUAUCUUGCAAAGCUAACAUACAGUUUUGAAACUGCAUUGAACUAGUUUUGUAAUGCUGGUCUGAGGACUCAAACUGAGGAAAAGGAGACCCUGAAGGAUGUUAGUUGACUGUACUGUAAUGUUGUAUCAACUGAUUUGAAUGUUUUUGACUUUGGACAAUGAGUUAUCUUUUUUCUUUUCGUAGUAGUUGAAAAGGCUUAGGUAAAGCUAACAGGCAAUAGAAAUGUGUACACCUGGGUUUUUAGUGUAACAGACUAAAUGUUAAUUGUUCUCUUCUUUUUAUUCUCUUCAGUAGACACCUUUGAAAAACACUGGAGUUUUGUUGUGCUUAAGCCACCGCCCCUGGUGUUUAACAAAGGCAGAGCUAUAAUAACUUUAGUUUUGUUCUGAUUUUUUUUUAUUUUAGAAGUCACAAUAAUGUAUUGGUUUUAGAUGUCACUAGUUUGACUGGUGAUCAUGUUUUGACAUGAAAUAUACCCAAACUGUCAUAGAAAAAUAUUGUGUUUUUUUCUCCAUGGGAUUACAUUUCAGCUAAGUUACAGGGUUGUUUUUUUGUUGUUGUUUUUUUUUUAAUGCAUUUAUUUUAAUAGUGUUUUCUCUGCACUGGAUGCAAAAUACUGAAGAUAAUUGGAAAACUAGGUCUGGCAUUUAGACUGUAAGUCACAUGCAGAAUCAAAACUGUUUGGCAUAAGGUACACAGCAAAAAAAAUAAUUCAGCGUAUAAAAACUUUUCCUUUUUGUAUACUUUUCUGUUUAUGUUCGGAGCUGAGACAGAAAUGAAGCUGACAUUUAGCUGUCAUUAUGAUCAGUUAGGACAAAAACCAACUCAGUGCUCCCAAACUGAAAGAAAACAACCAAAUCCUGGCAUUACGUUUGAAAAAAAUGUGCAUGGGAUUGAUGUGCCCUCAAGAGCAGAAAGUGAGACAGCUAAACCCAACCUAACAGUAACAAGUUCGGGUCCGAUAUGGAACUGUAGUUUCACCAGGCUUAAAGUCAACAAGGACUCUGAGCAUUUCACUGGAUUGGUCUGUUCAAGUGGAAGGCCUCAGCAAGCACUGGUGUGUGUGUGUGCACUGGGUACAUCAACACAUAAGGGACAGUUGAACCUACAGAAGCUUUGUACGUCGUCUUUUCUGAAUCCACUGGAGUUCUCAGCAGGACUGCACACAGGCACAGCAGGGGGGUUCUGGUGGAGCCUGUGGUUGCAGUUACACCGGAUCCCUAACGAGCAAGCACAGAGUUUUCUACGCGUUCCGACCACUUGUCGAUGUGCAACCUUUUAAAUGUUUUUACAUGCCAAAUGUUCUUAGUGAGUAAAAGUUAAUUGUUACAACAAUGGAUGUGCCUGGAUUUUGGGGUUGAAGUUUUGUUUUUGUUUGGUUGGUUUUUGUUAACUCACUAAUUUAUCUAAGCGAGAAAAAAAAAAAUCAGCACUCACCCAAAAUUGCAGACAGCUUCCAACUUCUCUCUUCCCUCCAGCCAACGGUCUGCAAGUGAAAAAGUCAGUGUAGUUUUAUAGGUGUGUUUUGGUGCAGAACCCUCAGUCUCUCAGAUACAUGCCUCGUCAAUUUGCAUUUCGAUGCAAAGCUGAGUGAAGCUAUUAAUUAUGCAUUUAAAUCAAGUACUUCUGCUACACACAAUUUUUUAUACGUUCAUGAGAUCUCACGUUUUUAAUCACAUGAUAGUUACAUGUUGGGAUUAGGCAAGUGGCCUUUGAUCAUGGAGAAGCAGCAUGCUGCCAGCAUUCACGUGUCACCUUCUCCCGUAUUUUAUGUUAAUGCAAAAUCUCCCCUUGCCUUCUCCUCCAGAAAAGCUUAAGAGCAAUAAUUACCACCUUGUGUAUAUGCUAUCCUAACCUUAAAACUGCCUCUACCAUUAUAACAAUGAUAAUGAAUUAAAACUGAGAUAUCUUUUGCACUGAAGAUUCACUGUACUUUUUCCAGAGAAAAGGACAUAGGGAGGACAAGGUUGACAGCAAAAUUACAGCUUCCAACUUGCACAACAUCAUAAAAUUGUCUUGAGAAAGCAAUUAUUGAGCAGGUGUCAGAUGCUGCAGAGCAGGCCCCUGCCUCCCCCACCUUCCUGCAGCACUCGUGCAGCUGUGCCACAAACACUCGGUCACAACAAGCUUUCACCUGAGCCUCCUGUCCGACGGGGUCGGUGUAUGGGAAGGGAAGCAAUGUCUGAUGUGUUCCUUGCCGCUGGGGAAAUUACGUGCCUGCUCUUCCCUGCAGACCUAUUUGGCAGUUUUAUGUCAUUUGUUAUCAUUAUAGUGCAAUGCUGUUAAAGAACAGCGAGAGAAAAUGGCCUUAUGACAGUCAUACACUUCUGGAUGUGCUGAUCUGUAGUAUUUCAGGGCAGCUGAUGUUGCUGGGGCUCUGGCAGAGAGAUGCAGGUUCCCUGACAACAGCUCAACAGCCACAACACCCUGUGAGUGCCGCACAUUCUGCACAUACAGCCACCAGUGACAUGUAUUUUCAGCCUUGUAAUCUGUGCCCUUAGAGCUCUGUACAGUUCUCCUGGAAAUUUAAAAUUCUGCUAAUAAAAGGAAAAAAAAAAACCAACAGUGGGUAAGAGAUUAAUGACAUGUGGCAUAUAAUCUUAGCAAAUAACCUUCAGCCUUGUCCUAGCAAUUCUGUGCUUGCAGUUUGUUGUAAGCAAAAAAUAAAAAUAUUCUCUUUGCCUAAUUGCCUUCAAAAUAUAUUUGCAUCUACCAUUCACUGGAGACAAAAACACCUCCGGUUUGCUCAGAACCAGAGAUGGAGCCUGGCUGCUAUAAAGCAGCAUGGGAAGAACCACGGUUGUCUUUCACUUGGCUAGCUGUUCAGAAAUGCUGUGUAAGAGUAGAUAUCUCAUACCCAACUAAACGUCUGCAGUGUUACUUCCACCUGAUUUCCCAAUAAUAAACUAUCCUUGUGCCCUGAAGAGCAAGUCGCUUAUUCAAGAGUGGUAUUCAGUACUCCAGCUACAUCCACUUUGCACUUCCUCACCCAAACUGUAACAUCCUCUUGCAUCAAGAAGGGAUCUUCUCACCUGUGGACCCAUGCUCACGCUGGACAUGAACUUGGAUUACAGCACACAGGUGUCACAGCCGUGUAUUCCUGCUGCAGGAUCUGCCUUCUCAGCACACUGCACUGACAUCCCAGCACCCAAGGCAAGGUGGACGCACUAGGCCUGAAGUUCUUCAUGACAACCCUGAGUGCCUCCGUGGGAGAAAGCAAAUGUUGCAUGCAGCCUGAGUUUAAAUACCACUGUUGCAUCCCAUGGGAGAGUCCUGCUACCGAUAACAUCUUUUACCUCUGUUUCCAACUACAGAGAUAUUUACACUGGGGAACCUCCAUCCAUCCAUCCCCAGCGCAUCCCUGCAGCACCUGCCUGCCUCCUCCUGCCCUCUGCCACUUGGGCAAACCCUGCAGAGCCCUGCGAAUCUCAGGAUUUCAUGAGAGUCACCAAAGGACUUGGAAUUUGUGUUUAACUUUGCAGAUCCCUGCUUUCUCUAUCGACGCUUUUCCCUUCACCUCCUUCUUAGCCUGUUUUCCUUUCAGCUGUUUUCCUUUGAGGACCACAGCAGCAGCUGGCUGGCAGCAGGAUGCAGCUUGUGGCUCAACUUGUAUCAUGCAACAUUUCAGUGCUGCCCCUCUGCCUCCACAUUACUGCAAAUGAAGACAACUUUCCCCUUAGCAAAAAAGCUCUAUGUCUUCCCAUGUCUCUGUUUCACAUCUUUUUCCUUAUUUUUGAACGCAUUAUGAGAUCUCCUCUGUUACUUUUUCUACUGGUAUAAAAGCAACGACAGACUUCUUUUUCUUUCCAGUAAAGGUGACUUACCAUAAAAAUUUGUACUACUGUAUAUUUAUGUCACGUAGACCAAAGGAAUGCUGAAUCAUAACAGGUUUUGAAAUACAAGAAAUAAACACAAUGGAAAAGACAACUGAUCAUGAAGUAGAAUUUUCAUAAGGAACUGAAUGAGUUACAAGCUUACAUCUCAUUAACUUCAGUGAUGCCUCAGCUCUGGAAAAGGUAAAGCAGAUCCUAAUGGAGAGCUUCAGGAAGUGUUAACUUGUCUGAAAUCCUGGACAGCUCUGAGACAUUUUCUGUGGAAUUCUGUAACAUGGAUUUUUACAAAGAUCAUUUGAAACCAUAAUCCUCAUUUCAGUUGAGGGAAUGGUGAGAAUGGGAUUUAAAUCCUACCACCUUCAGUGAGUAUCACUGAUUUUCAGAAGUCUAAACAAGGUCUGCAUUUUUGGCAGCUGCAGUGCCAGAUUUCUGCUCACAACCACACACCUGGAGGAAAAAUUCCCAGCAGAUUUUUUAACAGCAGCUUUUCCGCCUGCAGCCUUUUCUGCUGGACUUCAUUCCAAGCAAGAAGUAAUACAUAACAAAAGAUCAGGGCAGAGAAAGAAGAAGAGCAAUAACUGAACUGUCAACCAUGUCCAGAGCCAAAGAAGGUUCUUGGAUGUGGAAAGCCACAAAGUCCACACAGCACGUUUACAGGCCGUGCAGAACCCAACGGUGCAGGUCAACUCAUUGCUCUGCAACAAACACAAGCUCAUAACUGGUAUUCCUGGUUUCAGCUAUUAAAUUAUGCUUUUAUACUUGCAAUCCCAUUUGAAGAGGUCUCAAUAAUAGUAAUAACAAAAGGCUUUGUAGGAAAGGGUAUGAAUAAAUUUAGGCCUGACAAUAUAAUCUCAGUGGCUUUGCUUGUAUCAUCAGCUCCGUAAAGUUCUGCCAGCUGCUGUGGGAAGCUGAGCCGAGCACGGGCUGCAGCCCAAGCACCAACUGCUCCAGGAGGGGCUCCCAGCACCAGCAGGGCACCUCCUGCACAGCACUGAGCCCCAGGGGUGUCCCUCUGCUGUGUGCACAGCUGCACAACGGCCAACACAGCAACUUCCCAACACUGACCUGAGCAUCUCGGGGAACACUGAUGAAGGUGCAGAUGUUUAAGUGCGUUGCUAAAUAGCACUGCCAAUGAUCAUCUUCAAUUGCAAGAGCUAUCUAAGGCUGUUUGCAAGUCUCUAAAUGGCAAACUAAAAUUGGUUUUGUGGAAAAUGAUGUCGUUAGCAGUUACUGUACUGCUCCCUAUUCUCCCAUAGCACGAAGUUCUGCUGUCACACAUCACAUGGGAGCAAUGAUGCAGGAGUGGCUUCUGUGCCUUCAAAGUUCUUCCAUAUCAAGACUGCCACUGAGAGGGCCCAGGAACAUUCAAGGUCAUUGACCACAAUGAGCUUUUCCUAAACUAAGUCUCCAGGAAAAGACCAGGAGAUCUCCAGUUGUAUUUUAAAGAGAUUUGGACACUAAAUUUCCUUGGGAACAAUCUGGAAAUCCCAUCUCAAAAGAGUUUGUAGUCAGUGUGCGUUCUCCAGUGAUACACUCUCGUCCAUCUGACCACAUGAAUUCAACUUCCAUGUCUCAGAUCCCUAUCCUCGAGUCUUAGCAUGGUUUGGGUUGGAAGGGACCUCAAAGAUCAUGCAAUUCCAACCUCUCUCCUCCUGAAGUCAGUAUGAACCACAUCCCUUGCUUCUGCAGGCAACGGCUCGCUUCAGGAAAGCGACAGGAGUGUCUUGACAGACAGACAUCAGGGAAAAACAACAGUUUAAUGCAAACAUAUUACAAACCAUGUACAAGUGCAUGUUAUUUCCUUCCUGCUCUCUCCCGCUUCUUUCUCACACUUUCAAAAUCUUAACACCACUGUAUUUAUUCUCUUUUCCAUGGGUGAACCAGCAAUAGGUUCGUAUUUUGUUAGCAAGUAUAACAAAAAUCUAGGUGAAAAUAUCCUCCAUACCUUAUCAUGCCAGCAGUCCUUCUUGUUAAUGUAAAAAUCAUACUCCCAAAGAACAAAGAAAUUCUAUAAAAUCAUUCUAAAUAAAGUCUCAGACAAAGGCUGUAUGAACAAAAUUUUUGGUAUCAUUCUCUAAUUCUGCUCAUUGCCCCAUUUCCUUUGUCAGAUGAAAACACGCUUGGACAGCAGGACAGAUCAAACACACCAACCACUGUUCCCUGCAGAAGACAGCACACCAUUCUGCUCCCAUGUAAGCUGAGCACUGUCCAAGUCAGGCUGAAGGCACAGCCUCGUCCUGCCUGUCACUGCUGCAGCACAGCCUUGUCUCUAUUACAGAUGCUCAGUAAGACAAAUACUGCAGUUAUCCUGGCAUAAAGAACGUAACCUUGUGUCAAUAAAGGCAAAGAACCUUUUUCUCUUCUGACACAUUGUAAACAGAGCAUCUUCUAAAAUCUUUCACCCAGCUCUGCACUUACACUUAGCAGUAAGCAAACAGAAGCCUAAUAGCAUGUGUCAAAUGAUCACCUGACAAAAGGCAAGCUUUGAAUGAAAAUCUUACCUACAGUAGAUAAUCUAAGCUAUUUAAUAACUCAAAUCAUAUGCAAAACAAAACUUAGUAACUCGUUCCAAUCAAUAAUAUACAUGAAGUCUGCAUAGGAACUAUGAAUGUUCUUUGACAAAAGCCACUAAACAGAUGGUAUUAAAGAGUUAAUAAUAUUUCAGGUCCUGUUAUCUAAACACACAGAAUAUCUCUCAACACCUCGAAGCCACACUUUCUUCACUUCCUCCAGCUGCACACAACUUUCUGUGACCCCUCUGUAAGCACACGAGCUUCUCAUCCCACCGAGGCUCCUGAAACAGCCAUUUGCUAUGGACUGCAGGGGGCUGGGACAGAAAGAGACCAACAGUCAGUUCUCAGGAGGCUGCUACACUUGAGCAGCUCAGAGCCAUCCCUGCAUAUGAACCUGGAAUCCUCUGCAGUUUUGAUCCCUCAAGCAAAAAAAAAAAACCACAUGAGCCAACCCAAACAUCUUUCUCUUAAAGAAAUCAAAACAAGCAAAGGAGCAGAGAACGCGAUUAGAAAGAAAGGAUGAGGAAGGGGAAUGCAUUUAGGCCAUAGGUAUUUGAGAGUGGUCAUGUUAACUACAGUUCAGUACAAAGAGUAACAACAUCACGGAGGAAUGAGCAUCGUUUAUUCCAGACAUUAACAGCAAAUCGAAGAGCAGAUACCACGUGGUGAUGGAAAUGAAGGCUGGAGGGCUCGGACUCCCUGCCUGCCUUCCUGCACAGCAGAGGGCACACAUUUCAGCUGCUGUUUCUUGCAUCAGGUUUAAGUAAGUGUAGCUGAGCAAGGCUCUUAGAAUUUUCAGAAAGAUAUAAAAUCCGAAUUAGAUUUACAGAGAAAAACGCCGGAGCCCUUGGCUAAGCAGCUCCAAUCGUGUUUUUUCUUGACGUCCACUUUUAAAACCUCAUUUGUAAUUUGAACUUUCCUAAGUAUUCCAGUGCUCAGACUUCUAUUAAUACAAAUGCACUGUGACAAACCCAUGGUGGAAUGGACGGCGGGCCUGCCUGUCCUGAAUGCCAACAACGUGUGCUACAGAUUAAACAAACUCCACUGAAAUGGGAAAUCCUGCUGCCGCCAGUCUGACAGUGACAGCUUCCACUCUGAUGCAGCACCUCAUUAGAAUAAGCAGCAGUGCAAUUAACUCCUUGUUCAUAUACGAUUUGCGCUGUGACAAAGAAUAAUUUUGCUUCAAUGAAGAUCUCAGUGUUUGACUUGCAAGUUGUGCAAGCCGUGGAAGCGCAGCCGGAUGACUGACGAGAUUCUUUCUGCUUUAAUUGCAAUUCUGGAUAGGAAUACGGUGUUCCUUCACACAAAACAGCAAUAAAUCACAUCUACGUCUCCCUGUUGUGUGAGAGAGCAGCAGUGCUCUCAGUACAACCAUAAUGCUUGCACUUUCACUCUUCCUCUCCACAUAUGUGCCACUUACACUGUGACAAGAUGGAAAAGAUGUUGAGGAAGUUUGCACGUCGAGUUGCCCAAUGGCAUUUACAGAAAUGACAGCACCCACCAGCAGCUGAUGUACAGAAACUACUAAGCAUCCCUUCCUACCCUUUUGUAGCCAUCCUUCUGCUUUAUUCACAUAGCGACUGAUAGCUGUGGCAGGAAGCAGCCCGUGAUGCCCAGUGGGGACCCGUCCCCCAGAAGGCUCCCACCCUUCAGACAGAGCUGGGGAGGAAACUGCAAACCACCAUCCAAGGCACAGCUCAGUUCAGUGCUACAAAAAAUCUACUAACAAAACUAUUGCACAAAAUUAACUGCAGAUACAGCCAGGAUGUUACAA